AUGUACGGGAACCUCACCCGUGCUGGCGAAUUCCCCUCUCAUUACACCGACGAGGGUUUGCCGUUUGAAAAUCGCAAAAGCACAAUUGUAGCCGUCAUUUCGUCUGGCUUGGUUGUGGCUUGGUUUUGCGUCGGCCUAAGAAUAUUUGUCAGAGUACGGAUCGUACGAGCACCUGGAUGGGAUGAUGCCGUCGUUUUGCUAGCAUUGGUACGGGUUCUAUUCAAUAAUGUCGAUGACGGGUUGCUGACUACUACGUAG